GUUCUACCUAGCGAAAACGACACAGACACCAAAUUUAAGCUUUUUUCGCUGCUUCUCGCGAUCGUUGUUUUGUUGUGCGUGUCCUGUCGUUCUAUUGUGUUACUUUUUGUGUGUAAAAUGUGCUCCCUUCGCGAACGACCAAUGCGAACCAAUAGCUUACCUACGUUCAUCGCCCAUUGAUUGCCAGCUAGGCAAUUGUUGUAUUCUUCUCGUGUGUCGAUCGAAGUGUAAAGCAAGUGUGUACUGCAAUGCUGCAAAUGGAUGGAUUAUUUACGAUCCCAUAGACGACCACCAAGGAUAUCACUCACUCACAACUCGACAGUAUUGAAGCGACGGAAUAAAACGAUAAUGCACUAGAACGGAACCUGGCCUUUCGAACGGAACUAUUUGUUUUGCACCAAAAUGGCAUCGAGUGAAAACAAUAGUGAUGAUGGUGGACACAAUGUAUUUUCAGGCUUUUCAAGCUCGAACGGUAGCGCGCCGGAGUACGAACAUCUGAUGCAGUUCGAGUAUCUCAAGACCAAGUAUCGCGAUGUGGUAUCCCAGCUGAAGACGGUUUCGAGCGAAAAGCAACGCUUGGAGCACGAUUUUCAGCUGCUGAAGAAAGAACUCGAAGGAAAGGGAGACUUUUUCAACAGCUACCACGAGUACAGUGGGUUGAAGCAGAAGUACGACACGCUGCGGCAUCGGUAUGAGGAAAUCACGAAAGAUCCAGCGCACUGCAUAAAGUUGUGCGAGGAAUUGAAAAAAGAACGCAACAAGUACAAGGAGCUGCUGAAGGCGACGGAAUUGGAGCUCGAAACCGUUCUAUCAGAGCGGGGCAGUGUGCUGAAGGAAAACCAAAAGCUUUACGAUAAGAACGAAGCAUUAGAGCGGGAGGUGCAGGGCAAGCUGAAGGAAACGGUAGCGUUGAAAGAGAAAAUAGAGCUACUAAAAACACGCCAAGAGUAUCAGCAGCUUUCGAACGAAAGCAGCUGGAACAAGGAAUUGUCCGACAGCAAGGAUAAGUUCAGUAUUGUUUCGGAGAAUUUGGAAACCGCCAACCAAGAGAUCGAACGUUUGAAAAAAGCGCUCGACAAGGCAAAGGCAGAAAUAGCGAAGGCCGUCCACGACACGGAGGUGGCCAAGCAACGGCGCGAUUGGGCGAUAUCGGAAAGGGAAAAGAUCGUACAGGAGCGUGACAGUGUACGAAAUUUGUGCGAUGAAAUCCGGAAAGAGCGGGACACGGCCACGUCGAAGCUGCUGGCAGCGAUACGUGACAAGGAUGAUGCGCACAAAAAGAUUGAACUGCUCACCGAUCAGCUGGAGCAGGUAACACGCGACAGUAUUAACAAUAAUGCCGGUUCAAGCGGACAAACCCCGUCCAAUCUGCCGGGCGGCGGUCAGUCACAGGCGAACGGGGCUGGUUCUGGUACGCCAACAACACCGAACGCUUCGCUGGUAUCGAUGAACAAUAGUAACAGCCAUCGCAACUCGCACUACAGCAGCUUUAGCUCGAUCUACAACCUAGAAUCAUUGCAACAGUAUGACGUGGAGAUGGUCGAAAUCGAUACUUCCCCGUUGCUGAGCAAUUCCUCCGACUGGGGUCUAACGAUCAGUGGCGAUCUCGAUCACAGUUAUGGCAGCGAUCAUAGCAACGCGAAGAAUCUCUGCGGCCCGUACGUAGCGGCCGUGGAGCACGAUUCAAUCUUUGCCGGCAAACUGAAACCGAACGAUAUCAUAUGCCAAAUAAACAACCACGACUGUAGCACUUUCUCGAGGCGGAUGAUCUAUCGCACGAUCCGUAACAGCGUGCCGCAGUGCAUCAUUACGGUGAAGAGACCAACGAAACGUUUGCUGCCGGUGCAGAUCCCGUUUACCAGCACGAAUCGAAACCAUGGGCUGUGUCUCGAGCUGGGGCUAUACAUAGCGAAGCUGGAGCCCAAUUCAAUCGCAGCCAAGGAUAGUCGAUUGGCGGUGGGAGAUCGAAUUUUGUCGAUCAACAACAAGCCAAUGGAGAGCAUCAAAAACAUAAACGAUGUACACGCCUACAUAAACGAUAUGCGUAACAGCAGCCUUAAUCUGAUUGUUAUCAAGGAAAUGCUGGAAAAUCAUCCAAGUUACGCUAGUUUCUACCAGCCACGGUUGAAACACAUCCGCAACACUACCAGCUGCACACAGACAGACAAUUCCCUGUCGACGUUCGGCAGCCAGCACACCACCAAUACAAGCAGUGUGAACACGAGUGCUAACGCGAUGACGAUGAUGAACCAUCGGCUGAGCCUGGAGUUUGACAAUAACAAUCACUUCCUUCCGUCGGCGAUGCCUUCCUCAUCGUACCAGCCCUCCUCGAGCACACCGAACUCCGUGGCCGCUAGUACGCCAUCGUCUACGAAAUCGGCCUCCAAGUUGACGGAGUUUAUUCAGAAAAUUAAGGACAAGAUGGCAAUCAGCAACCACAGCAAGGAGGCAGGUGGGCCGGGCGGUAGCCAAGAGCACGAUGCGAUCGCGGCUCUCGAUUCCGUGCUGGACAGUGACGAACAGUCGCGGGACGGGAAACGGUCGAAGCGUCGUAACAAAAACGAUCCACACAAUCAAUCGGACGUGCCGCGCGGCACGUGGCCACGGGUGAACAUGACGAUCCACAUCAACGAAACGCAUCCGGGCACGAUAGUGCAGAAGAAAAAGAUAAGACCACAGCUGACCAUUCCACGAGGGGGCGAUCUGGACAAUAACAACUAUUUUGCUGCCGUAAUGAAUGAAGCGAACACGAUUCCAACCAACUUUCAGCCGGACAAGCUCACUGGAGGGCCACUGUCGCCGCAAGGCAUUGCCGGUAGCGGAGGUUCGGGCGGUGUCGGUGGUGGAGUUGUUGUAGGUCCCGGAGGUGCUAUGCUACCGGGUGCAGCUUCCAACAGUGGACAGGGAACACUCCCUGGCUCAAGCAAACGCAACUCAAAUCCCGUAAUGCCUAUGGAUAUACAGCGCCUGCUUGCGCUGAAGUACGGAGAUGCGACCGUCGCCGGUAUGGUUGGUGGAACCAUUGGAAACACACCGGCCACUGGUACGAUGGGGAAAUCGCACACCGGCGGUGCACCCUUUCCACGAUCAUCGACGUACGACGAUCGGCACCACGAUGGGGGUGGACUGAAUUUGAACAAACAUCGUUUCAGCUUAAACCUUUCGGCGAUGAGCAAACAGCCGUUGCAGCAACAGCAGCAGCAGCAGCUACUGUUACCGCCACACCAGCAACAAAACUCGCUCGAUUUCAUUCCAAUUCCAACUUCCUCUUCGCAAAAGAGUAAUCAUUCGAUCGAUUCUGCCAGCGCUUCGCAUUCGCUGUCGAAAAGCCCGCCGGUUUAUUAUGCCGGUACUGCCGGAACACUCGGCAUACCAACGUCGAAAACGACCGAAUUUUUCAUGACCUCAAAGAUUACGAAAUCGCUGUCUAAGUACUCGAGCGACAAUGAGAGUAUUGACACAGAAACCCUUUCGCUCGGUGGUAUGCACGGUGGCGUCGGUGGUGGCGGUGCAACAAUGAGCGGCAUGUCCGCGAACAUGGGUCCAACAAGUAGCGGAGGCAUUCAAGGAAUCGUUGGUAGUGUUGGUCCGGGUAACACUAACACCCUGCCACUGUCUCACAUGCGCAAACAGCUAAUUGGUAACAGUGGCACGUCAGGAGGUGGCUCGUCUUCGAAUCGCAGCGGCCACACACUACACCCAGCUGCGACAGCCGGUUAUGGUGCAACCAUAUUUCCCGGCUCGUAUCCGCAUCCCUUUAUGCGCAACCAUCAUCAGCCGGGAGGAGGCAGCGGUGGCGGUGGCGGUGGAGGGGGUAGCGGUGCUAACGACGCGAUGAUGGCGUUCCAGUCGGGUAGCGGAGGAAGCGGUCCAACCGGACCGGCCACAAUCGGCCAUCACUCGCACGGUGCUUCCAUGGACUAUUCGUACCGAUACAGUCAGAUUCAAUCGUCUAAGGAGGAUGUUCCUAUAUCCGGGUAUGCGGGUGGCUACGAAGGCGGAACGUUUCCGCGAAACAAAAGUCACCUAACGAGCAAUAGUAACCAUCACCAUCAUCAUCACCACCAUCAUCAUCAGGGAGGGUUUCGCAUACCUUCGAACCAGAGUGUGACGAGCCGCGGCAGUGGCAUAAAGAUUAGCAACGGUUCCAUUGAUUGCAGCAGCUCUGAACGUGCUUCACCGAUUCCAACGUUCGAGGUACAAGUGCUGAAGCCCGGUCACGUACCAUCCGGUGGUGGUGUUUCCGGUUCGAACAAACGGAGCUCUCUCCAAGACUACGGACAAUCCAAACCAAACUUGGGCGAACUCCGGUUAGUGCAAAUCGAUAAAAGCGAAAUGUCGUUAGGUAUAAAAAUUUUCUGCCGACGCAACGGAGGCGGCGUGUUCGUGUCGAACGUGGGUGAGAAUAGUUUGGCCAGCAAGGUUGGCUUGCACAUUGGCGAUCAGCUGCUGGAGGUGUGUGGGAUAAAUCUGCGCAAGGCGACGUACGAACUAGCGGCACACGUGCUCCGUCAGUGUGGCAACUCCAUUACCAUGCUGGUGCUCUACAACCCGGUAGUGUACAGCAACUUAACCACGAGCGAAGACAAUCUUGCACGUUCGGGAUCACCGACGCCGCAGAAUUCCCCACGCUCCAUGGGACGGUCGUUAAUUGCGGCCGUAAAUACGGCUGCCGUCAACUCUAUGACCGGUACAAUGACCACCGCUAAAACGUCAUCACUCGUGAAGGCACAAGAAUUCAGCGAUAGUCUUGAGCAUCAAACGCAACUGCACGAUGACGAGGAAGAUGGUUCCGUAGCCGUCGGUAGCUCCGGUGUGCCUGGACAGGGCAAUCUCUACAAGGAACAGCCUCGUGAAAUUUACAUCGAAACACGUAAAACUUCCAACCUGGGAAUUACGUUAGUUGGGGGCAAUGCAUACGGUAUCUUUGUGCACGGUGUCCAGAAGGAUUCAAUCGCUGACCAGGCGGGACUGCUGGUGGGCGAUCAGAUACUAGAGUUUAACGGUACGGAUAUGCGUCGGUCAACUGCGGAGCAUGCGGCUCUCGAGAUCGCGAAACCGGCCGAUCAUGUGAAGGUGCUCGUAUUGUACAACAUUCAAAAGUUCAAUCAAAUCAAAGAUAAACCGGGCGAUGCACUGUACAUCAGGGUCGGGUUUGAUCGUAACUGCGAUCAGGGAGAUUCGGAACUGUCUUUUACGAAAGACGAGGUGCUGUUCGUCGACAAUACUAUGUUCGGUGGAAUUCCGGGCAAAUGGCGUGCCUGGAAGCUUGACGAAUACGGCCACAAGAGGCAAUGCGGUAUCAUUCCCAACAAGCUAAAAGUCGAGGAAGAGCUGCGACUGCUUGGAGACCCGGGUGAUGUCGAUACGACGGCUCGACGAGGUUCGACAUCGGCUCGAAGAUCUUUCUUCAAACGCAUCAAACCACAACGAAGCUCGUCACGUGAUUCAAAAGAAUUGGCCAGCUUUAGCAAUACGCACCUGAGCCUGUAUCUCGAUUCGGGUUCAUUAAGUGACGAUGGAUUAAGCAGCUACCAACGUGUUGAACGGUUGGAAUAUACCUACCGACCAGUGAUAAUAUUGGGUCCACUGUCCGAGUUUGUCAUCGAUAAGUUGUGCGUGGAUUUCCCAGAAGAUUUUGCCGUCCUGCAGGAAAGCCAGAAGAAAUGCAUCAAGGACGAAAUGGAGCUGGCGAUUCAAAACAAUUCGAUCGCGGACUAUAAGCUGCGCAGCAAUGGUAUAUUUGAGUACACGAGUAUGCAAGCCGUGCGGGACAAUAAGCAAUGUCACUGCAUACUGAACGUGAGCAUGGCGGCAGUAGAGCGAUUGCAGCGCGCUCAAAUAUAUCCGAUCGUGCUGCUGUUGCGCUUCAAAUCGGCCAAGCAAAUCAAGGAGAUUAAAGACUCGCGCUAUUCAACGGACAAAAUCUCGGCCAAAGCGGCCAAGGAAAUGUACGAGCAUACGCUCAAGAUGGAAUCGGAAUAUCGACAGUUUAUAUCGGUUGUUAUUUCCGGAGUAAAUAUUACACACAUGUGUACGCAGAUCAAAGCAGCCGUGGAUAGCGAGCAAAAGAAAAUUCUUUGGGUAUCGAUUCCGUCACCGUUGUGACCAUCGGUAAGCUAUCUUCGUCCCGACGAAGAUGAACGAUUGGCCUAAACGAUACGCAACGAUCCGUAUCAACGAUUAAUAAGGUAUUGUAUAAAAAAAACACACACACACCACUAAACGCUGUUUAGACUUUACGACCUGAAGAAAAAUCAAAAACUGGGAAACAAGAUGAAAAGAAGGUUGGUGUAGAGUACUGUGCAAUAUAUUUACAUUAUGAAUGAAACGUCUUGGACAGGAACUAGUACAGCAAGCAGUAGCGGUACCACACCUUUCGAAAGAGAUCCCGGUCCCGCAGUUAUUUAUGUAAUGAAACACUUCAUCAUCACAAACUUUUAGACAUCGGCAGCACGAUGUGUAAGCGAUGUGCGAUUAUAUUUUGUUUAGGCAAAAGGUUUUGCUAAUAAUGUUUAUUGAUACUUAAGCGACACGGUGAUAACGGCUCUCAAUACAUUUCGUCACUAUUUCGGCAUGUUUAAUUCAGCUAAAAAAAAAAAUCUUGAACAGAAUCUCACAAUUUCCAAUUCAAAUUAUUACAACAACGUAUAUCAACUACUUCUGUACGUAACCAUGUGAAUGGAGGGGCGCAUUUAUACUAGCAGAGCAUUAGUUUACCUAGUGGAUGAAUCAUCUGUAGAACUCACUUCCGGCAUCCAGAAUAGAGCAACAUAUUUUUCACUCGUGGACCCACCGUUGUCGUUAUGAUUGUCCUUGGUAUUUUGUUUACAUUUUAUAUAGUCCGUAUAUUCUUUGUUGUCGUUUUAUUGCGCAAUGAAUGUUAAAGAUAUGAAAGUAUAAAUAAGUCUUCCAAAACUAUCUAUUAUUAGCAUAGAACAAUUCAAAUGCAUAAGAUUUGAUACGUUCCCGCGAAGUGAACGCAUUUAUUGCUAUUAACCGAAUGGAUGAAAUAUAUUAAAAUCGAUGCACAAUUUAAGGCUAAACACAAACUUUUAACAGUUACAUUUGGAAAAUACAAAGGUUGAUCUUGUUAUAAUUGUACAGUCAUGUAAUUAUUAUCGUUGGAAGGAACAUUUUGAACUCAUUCGAAUGUGUCAAAACAAUUGGUCGUUUAUUUGCAAUUUCGUACGUCUUCCAUUUAUCAAAAGCGUUAAAGAAAAAGUGUGUUAUAGAAGAAAAAAAUAAGUUGAAAACUUCAGUUCAAAUGCUGAAAAUGGAUGAAUUAUUCAAUAUCCUGAAACUAUUAACACUUGCAUGAGAAUUUAGCACAUCGAGGAAUUGCAUUCAUACACAAACAAUCACUAAUAUUAUUUUUAUAUUUCUCGUGUAUUGUUUGUUCAUGGUGUUUACGUUUGUCUGCAUAGCAGGACUGGCUAUUAAAGUAAAGGCAAUCUAAAAACAGCCAACAGGACCAACAAAGGUUCUAUACCUAAAUACGAACAAGUCUAUAGUGUGAGCUAAGUAUAUCCGCUAUGUACAACUUAUGAUAUGUUACUACCUCAACCAUUCGAUCACAAACAAGCAGAUAUCCUUGUUGGCAUUAUACAUGCAACGAAUAUACGCAUUUAUCUGAUUGUUGUUUUCUCAUCAUGAUAUCUAUUAUUAACACUAGGCUGUCUUGUUCAUCGCUUGUUUCUUCCUCUACAAAACGUGCAUUUAAAACACUCAAAGGCAUUGCAAAGCGAAAGCUUAAUGGGAUUAGCAACCGGGAUGAGUAGAUGAUUCUGGAUGGAAAAAAAUAUCCCAAUUAAUGUUCAAAAAAUUUCGAGAAGCAUUGUUUUCGUUCUACCUAAAGGCAUCUGUUUCUACAUUGCGCAAUAUAGUUCGUGUUCUUUAAAUCUUCUCAAAAAAAAUUGGCCACCUUCCGUUUUUUGCACUGGCAUAAAAUCGAAUUCUCAAGCCCUCAAGAAGCAUUUGUAAACUCCAAAAGAAUUAAAUCUUCGCCUUCAUUAAAUAAGUGAAUCCUCUUUCCAUUAUGUUUGAUGCUGUAACAAAAGAUGUUGGUUGUUUUUAUUUUGUGCUUAUUACAUGUAUCAUCCUAAUAGUUAGUAGUAUAUCGAUUGUUUUGUUGUUAUUCAUUCUAUUUUGAUUCAAUCAUCACUAAACACACGAUAAUCAAAGUAUAUAUUUUGAGUGUAUUCGUUUUGAGUGCAGCUACUGCAAGAAAUGGUAUAUAUAAUAGGUAUGUAACAAAAACUAAAAAUAAAAAAACAACAAAAGGGAAACAAGCAAUACGCGGAGCAAAAAUAACACCAGAUGGAGUUUUACUUCCAAUGUUAGAAAUAAAUUGUUUGUCUGUUUUUUCCCCACCUAAGGGAUACGUAAUGCAAUCCAGCGCGGAACAGAAUCAAUCAAUGACCUAGUAUCUUUUUUUUAAAUUAAAUAUUGUAUACAGUGAUCUAUAUAUAAAUGAUACGAUUAAAAACAUCAAUAAAAAUAUUAUUAUAUAUUUUUUAUUUCCUACA